UCUGAAUCCCGCUGACAUCGAUCUUACUGCGUACCGUUCGUGCAUGUACCCGAGAUGUCAAGCUAUAGUUUUGUUCCCUCAAAGAGCCCAGUCACCCUACUUAAACAUUCAGUCUGUCUCCAUGGGUAUAAGCAUAGGCAAAUCGUAUAAUAACAGCAAUUCAUCGGUAUGCCAGGCUCCUUGGCCUUGAUAUAAUAUUACACCCAUACUCUUUCUCUUAGCCUGACUUAGCCUUACCAAACCCCUUGGUAUUCAAAUCGCCAUUAUACAGUGACUACUUUCAUACCAAUAACUUAGUUGCUCUUUCUCAUUUAUAGUUUCCGGCCCUUACAUCUUACCGAGAGAAGACGGCUUGCAACAUGGCCUCUGAAUUUAUCGACCCCUUUAAUCUAGACGAAGAAGAGUAUUACAAUGAGGACGCAAUUUAUGAGGCAAACAUCGAGAACCUGCCUGAGUCCGCCCGCUCCGACUUAUUCUUGUACCAGAAAUCAAAUAACGAAGGCAAUGGCACUUUCAAAAACACAAGAAAAGGUGGCGAUAGAAGCCACCUUGUUUAUGGCAAGGAAAAAGCCGUUUACCAUCUUACAGUGGAGCGUCUGGUGUGGAUCGAUGGGUGGCGUCAGUCCACCACAGUCGAAGGUCAAAAGCAAAAUCGCGACGAGAUGACUCUUGUGGUACUCAAGUUUGUUCUUAAUACGAAGACUCGCGGUACGAAGGUGGGUUUUGCGUCAGCUGAGUUGAGAUUCAAGUCAGAAGACAAGAGGGGCAAGGAUCCGAAGGUAGUGGCGUGGGGGCCGUUUCGGUACCCCGAAACUUGGAAUCCAACAGCAGCCCAGCGAAGGGUCAAUAUUAGCGGAGAGGCUAACGUUGGAGCCGAUCCAGCUUCGUUCGGAUUAAGCGCCGAGACUGAGACUUCCUGGGACCGGAUAGAUUUCGACAGCGGUAGAUCCCAAAAGUUAUUCAAUCUUAAAAAAGAGGAGGCAGAACCAAACGGUGUCAUGUGGAAGGUCAAGCAAAACGAGCUUCACAAACAAGGCAUCACUCCAGAAUUCCGGGUCGCCGUUCUCAUAUCAAGGUCAUCGUCAGAUCCGUAUUUAGUGGAUUUCCGCUUAGAUGUUCAUACCGGGACUAUCAGCGAAUUGGAGAGCCGUGUCAGGAACUGGUUGGGGUUUCAAGGAGGCUAUAGUCAUUUCUGGCGUGCAAGUCCACGACCAGGCAACAAAGAGAACUGUUACGGAGAGGGGGUUCACAUUGCUCAAUCUAUCGACGCCGAAAACCUCGGGGCUCUGAUAACGAAUCCCAGCGACUGUGAAAAUUUGAAUCCUGCCUGGUUGAAUGCGUGGGGAAGAUUCGAACUACCCAAGGUAAUUGCUGAGCCCGAGCCUCUUGAUGCAGACGCAAGGACGAAGGUUCAUAUCAAGGCAGCUAUGGUCGCAGACGACAGAUCAUCAACGGCACCAGUAGAGAAUAACGAGCCAGCUCCUAAUUCUAACUCCGAUUCCCCCUCUGGCUUCAAAACUCGCCUAGCUGUACAGGCCUCGCCUCCGCUCGCAAUCGACCACGGUAGACUUGUUUCGCUCGAGAUCCGAGCUGCACAAUGUGAAGCCAGAAUAGCAGCACAAGACCAGCUUAUUUUAAACCUACAGCAAACAGUGGCUAAAAUGGAGAAACUUCUUGAGAGAGCACAUUGAAUACCAUCGUCACAUUCAUUCAUUAUCUCCCCCUCUCCCCGGAGCAAAUGAUUUUGCUUCUCAUAAUUCACGUGAUCGUAAGUCCAUUCCCUUAAGAUCCUGUCGCGGAGGAGAUUAUGAGGGAGAGUGAAAAUUGCUAGUGCUGCGUGGAGAAAGACACCACUCAUUGACCAGUUGUGUAUUUUACCUUUAUGUGCGUCGUGUCCCUCGUUUUGUAACUGCAAUGCUAUCACGAUUUCCCCGGGGUCCUAUGUAUCAGAAUGGGCUUUAUGUGUAGGGACAUAAUUUUGCACCCUAAGGAAGACUGCCAAGCUUGAUCUCACGAAACAUUUGCUGAUAAGCCCCCACGAAAACAUUGGUUGACUAAUUAAUUGAUUUUAUUCACUACUACAUGCAUUGAUCCUCUAAAGCCUCUGCGUCCUGACGCUUCACCUUCCGAAGAUCCUCGCGAU